CCUAAUUGUUGUGAUAAACUUAUUAAAUAGAAAGUUAUGGAACUGACUCGUGGUGAGAAGUUAGCAUUGGAAAGCGAGUUCCAAUGGUUGCUGCUGGAGGAAAUGCCCAACUUAGUGGUGCAGCUGCAGAAGAUACUCGCCGACUGCUCCUCCAAUAUCUUCCCCAACAGCGCCGAUAACCUCACAUCAACUCCGGGAAAUUACGUCUUCAAUAACCGCAACAAUGCUGACAGCUUCAAGGGAGUGGUCACUCUAUUCCAAAAUUUAAUCGUAUCAGCGGAUCUUCAAAUCAAAUUUCCCACAUGCGCCCAUACGUUGCGUGCCAAUAUCAGAGAAGACAGUCCCUGGAAAGUGCCGCAGAUUCAGGCAUGUUCUAAUCUUCUGACAAAGAUGCUCACCAUCCUCAGUCACCACACUUCAAAUGCAAUUACAUACACACACGCCAGUCAGAUCAUUAAGCUGCUCGAUCAGCUGACGGGAUUGCUGAAUAGUGCACGCCACACCCUCGACCAUCCUGCUCCCUUAGAUAUUGAAGCGAUACUUCAGGACAGACAAAAAGUGUUGUUCAACCCACCAUUACCGAGUGAGUUUGCAGUAAUCUUCACAGUCCUGAGAGACCGCCUGGUGGUGAAUGCAUUCCACCUGCAGCCGCUUAAGACGUCCUCUGACAACCGGAAGAUAGAGCUCAGAUUGGCUCUCAGCCAGGGAAAAGUUGAGAUCGGGAGUCGUGCGAGUGAGAGCACCCCAGUGCCAUGGCUCACAUCCCUCAUCAUGGCAAUCUCUUUCUGUCUAGAACAGAGUCAGCUGAUGAAGGACAAGGUCGCCAUGUUCCAGCAGUACCACAUUGCAACCAAUACGACCGCGGUCUCCUCGUCCCCCUCCACAGCAGCACAAUCAAUCCACAACUCACACAAGUCAAAGCAGGGCACAGCUACUUGUACUCCCAUCGAACAUAACAAUUACUGAACUCAACUUCAUCUAAAUCAAUAAAUAUAGCGCCUGGACCAGCAGUUCUUUGUUUUGAGAGUUGUUUUGCUGAUUGCUUUGUCAUGUUGUAUUCUAGACUUCACGAUAAAUUAAGUUUUCACUUUAAA